AUGGACUUCCGCAAAACUUCAGAUAAGUCAAUCCAAGAUUUAGCUGUUGACUGUGAGCAGUACGGCGUCAACGUUUUUGGCAGCAAGCUUUAUGAAAUGAUAGUUGACCCAACAUGCCUCAGCCACUUGGGGAGCGGGACUUAUGGCACUUGUUACACAGUCCAGAUUUCAAGAAACUACUGGGUCGUCAAGCUCAUCCCUGACGUAGCUUCAUCCAUCCAGAGUAUGCAGCGGGAGAUCCGUGCCUUGUCCGCCCUACACGGUGUCCCGGGUCUUCAGAAAAUGAUCGGUGUUUGUCCUUGGAAACUCGUCCUGAUCACCGAGUACGCCGGGGAUUCCCUGGACAAUUACUUGGAGACCCAAAGCUGCACAUUCUCCGAGCGCCUCCAGAUCAUACAACAGGUCGCCUGCACACUUUUGGAGGUGAACGCUCGGGGAUGGGUGCACAACGAUGUGAAAAUUCAUAACAUCUGCGUCCAGAAGACCGACAACGGGAUCCAAGCCACUCUCAUUGACUUUGGUCUAGCUGUCAAGGUCGGGGAUUCCAUUCCAUUCGCCCCAGGCACAGAGGCUCCCUUCCAAACGGCUCCUGAGGUCUUGAAGAGCCAUCGAAUCACCCCCCAGGCCGACGUCUACAGCGUCGGUCGCCUCGUGCAAUGCCUUCUCUCCAAACACUUAAGCUACCUCGACCGAGAACUACGGCGAUGGUUGAUCCGCUCCUUCAACAAUGACCCAAACCAGCGAGGCUCAUUAGAAGAGCUUUUGGAAUAUCUAGGCGGUGAAUAUAUACCCAGCCGCGUGUGA